AUGUGGUCGUUCUUCAUCCAGGUUAUCAUCCGAAAGUCCUACGAAACAUCAUCGUCAUCUGGCAAGUUUGAGAUAUCCUGCAGUACUCUCCUUCCACGUUGUCUCUUCCUCGUUUGUAAGUUCUGUAACCCCGAAGCAAAGAUGUUUUAUGAUAUUUUGGAUGCUGCAGAACAACCAAUCUAUGAAGGAUGUAAAGAAGGUCUUUCGAAACUCUCCUUAGCAGCUCGGCUUAUGAGUUUGAAGACAGAUUUUAAUUUGUCUCAAAAGUGUAUGGACUCCAUUGCACAGAUAAUGCAAGAUUAUUUGCCAAAAGGUAACAACUCACCAAAAUCAUACUAUGAGAUCAAGAAGCUUAUGCGGUCUUUCGGCUUACCUUAUCACAAGAUUGACGUUUGUCAGGAUAAUUGUAUGAUAUUUUGGAAGGAUACUGAAAAGGAAGAAAGUUGUUUGUUCUGUAGCAAAGACAGAUUUCGUCCUACUCAAAAGAUUGGGCAGAAGAAAAUUGCAUACCGCCAAAUGUUUUAUUUGCCCGUAGCUGAUAGACUGAAGAGAUUAUAUCUGUCUGGUAACACUGCAAAACAUAUGAGAUGGCAUGCAACACAUAUUGCAAGUGAUGGAGAAAUGUGUCAUCCAUCAGAUGGAGAAGCAUGGAAGCAUUUUAACAAGGUGUUCCCUGAUUUUGCAUCUAAUCCAAAAAAUGUUUACCUUGGGUUAUGUACGGACGGUUUUAAUCCGUUUGGUAUGUCAGGGCACAAUUAUUCAUUAUGGCCUGUUAUCUUAACUCCGUAUAAUCUGCCACCUGAGAUGUGUAUGAAACAAGAAUUUAUGUUUCUAACCAUUCUAGUACCUGGUCCAAAGCAUCCAAAGAGAAGUCUAGAUAUAUUUCUUCAACCGUUGAUAGAAGAGCUGAAAGAUUUGUGGUUUAGUGGUGUUGAAGCAUAUGAUAUUUCUACUAACCAGAACUUUUUGUUACGAGCGGUACUCAUGUGGACAAUAAGCGAUUUUCCCGCUUAUGCUAUGCUUUCAGGCUGGACAACUCAUGGUCGAUUGGCUUGUCCAUAUUGUUUGGAUAAGACUGAUGCAUUUCAGUUAAAGAAUGGAAGAAAAACAAGUUGGUUUGAUUGUUAUCGGUGUUUUCUACCUGAAGAUCAUGGAGAUAGACAGAAUGUGGUCAGUUUCAGAAAAGGAAGGGUUGUGAAGGAUAGUGCACCUCCGAUACUAACAGGCGAGGAAUUCUUGAAUAAAGUCUGUGGCUUUCCCAAAACAGUUGCUUCCGGGGGAAAUCAUGGAAAAAAAGUUCAAGGAUAUGGCAACACCCAUAACUGGCAUAAACAAAGCAUCUUUUGGGAGCUGCCUUAUUGGAAGGUUCAUCUACUUCGACAUAAUCUUGAUGUGAUGCAUAUUGAAAAAAACUUUUUCGAUAAUGUCAUCAAUACUUUACUGGAUGUGAAUGGGAGAACGAAAGAUAAUCAAAUCAAGACUCGAUUUGCAAGAGCAUUGCAAUCGGAAAGACUUGCUCAUAAGGAGUGA